ACAUCCUGGCGCUGUUCGCAAAGUUUAUACUUUGUGCAGUUGGGGGAUUCCCCAGGUGACAUCACACAUGUGAAGCACCGGUUGGGCAGUUAAGUCACCCCCUUGUCAAUACUCCGGAGAUAUCAGUUGAGUUGUCCUCUUCCUGUGCCGCCCUUGCAUAUUACUCGCUUAGCAGCCAGUAUUUCGAUGGUCAUCUUGGAGGGUGUCAUUGCUUUGAAGCUCACCACCAUCUCCGGGCACCGAUCAUCGAUCGACAUCAGCGCCAUGGACCGAGAUCCAGACCACGAAUCCGUCAUAAGGUUGCGAACGAGAAAAAGCUUGGCCACCAUGGCGGAGGAAUCCACGCUGGCGAUAGACCCUGUCCACACAUCUACGGACAUGUCCCCGCCUACGAUCACAGGGGACCGGUCCGGUCCGACCAAGGCCUCGAUAGACAAAGAGAACACCUCAACGACGGAACAUGAUAGGAAAAGUGACGGAAACCUGGAGCCUCGGGUCGUUCCUCCGGCGCCAAAGUACCUGUCAGGCGCCAGCCUAGUAGUCGUGAUCACCUGCGUGGUUGUAGUCGCCUGGUUGAUGUUCCUCGAUAGCUCCAUUAUAGUUACUGCUAUCCCGGCAAUAACAGACGAGUUUCACUCGCUGAAAGACAUUGGGUGGUACGGCAGCGCGUAUCACGUCGCCAACGCGGCCUUUCAACCACUCACAGGCAAGAUCUACCGCUACUUCAGCUCAAAGGCAAGAAAAGGCGACCGGCAGACCGGUGUGUGGUCAUUUUUUGCCUUUUUGGUCUUGUUCGAAAUCGGGUCUCUAAUUUGCGGGGCAGCCCCGUCCUCCGUGAUCCUGAUCGUCGGCAGAGUCGUCGCCGGCAUAGGAAGUGCUGGGAUCAUGAGCGGCGGUUUGACGAUUGUCGCCGGAGCAGUGCCGCUUGAGAGAAGGCCCGGUACGUGUAUCAGGCUAGAAUAUGUUUUAUGUAAAGUUGUUUCUCUGACAAGCAGCUAUACUACUAUAUUGCAGCUCUUAUGGGUCUGGUCAUUGGCCGUAAGUGUUACCCACCCCCCCGGUGCCUGACGUCGUCGUGAAGGCUAACAGCUUGAUUUAAGUUGCCAACAGGUAAACUUACUGUAGACUUCUGAUUGCCAUGAUGUCACAUUCUAAUCUGCGCUGACUAGUGGAAGCGUCUUUGGUCCGAUCCUCGGCGGCGUGAUAACCCAAUUCAGCACUUGGAGAU